CAGGCGAGCGACGGCGCAAAGAAUUCCGAAGCCAUGGCCCGCCAAGAGAGGUCGUUACUAUUUGUUGCCGCAGUAUGCGCGUGCGCGUGUGUUGUCUCUGCGCGACCCGAUCACAACAACCCUCAUCCAGUACAAAAACUAGAAACAAAUGCGGUGAACUACGGCGGAAGCACGAAGGGAGUGAGCGAACGGCACCUUGAGGAGUCUGAGGAGCGCGCGCGCAGACCCGUCAACGAGAGGUUCCCGCACGCGGUGCUCUUCGGCGGCACCUGCGGUGGCACCAUAAUCAGCCCCAAAUGGAUCCUCACAGCUGCACACUGCACGCUGUUCACCGGCGGCAAAUACGUGCUGGCCGGCACUAACAACUCUGAGGACGGCAGCGGAGUGUCGCGACGCGUCAAGCAACUGUACGUGCAUCCGCGCUUUGCCGUCGGACCUUACUGGCUCAACGCAAAACGCUACAACAUCAAACAGGUAGCUGCGAGAUUCGAUUACCUCUUAGCGGAAUUGGAGGAACCUCUUGAGCUGAACGGUGUGACGAUAGCCGCUGCAGAACUGAAUGAGUUGCAGGAUCUUCCUGCCGGAAUUAACGUUGGAUACGCUGUUUACGGAGCCGAGCAUCAUGGGGAAACAAUGCGACACGAGAUGCACGGCAUGGAUCUGUCACUGCUGGCAGAGGAAGAAUGCGCAAGGUUAGAAGAAUACGACUCACAAGACAUGAUUUGUAUCAGAGGACGCGCCCCCAGAUACGACUCCGCUUGCAAUGGUGACAGCGGCAGCGGUAUUGUGGACGAAAACGGUGUGCUAAUCGGCAUAGCGUCCUGGGUGGAGAACGACGCCUUGGAGUGCCGCAACGGUGCGACCGUGUACUGCUCCAAAGUGGCCACAGCACGCCCCUGGAUACGCAAGAUUACUGGCAUCUAAAUGAUUACCUUUAAUUUAUAUAUAAUACUUAGAAACUCCGUACUAUACAUGUCCGAUUGGGUGCCGUCUUUUGAACACUGUUACAAGUUUUUGUUAAUGUAAAACAUUAUCAAGUGUUUAAAAGCCACUUUUGUGUUCGACUGUAGUGAUGCUUGCAUUGAAAGAUCAUAUAAAUAUCUGUUUUUAAGGAGAACCCAAAAGAUGACUCACUCAGUCUCAGUACUCAGUCUCACAUAAUUAUAUUAACCCCCAAAG